ACAGCUUCAGCGGAUCCACAUCCACCAGUGUUCCUGUCUUCUGAAACAACCUCAGAAAACCUCUAUUACGUAUUCUGGCAAUGCACGGAAGAGAACACAGAAAUGUAAAGCUGUAAUGUUAGCGCACAUGGCUGCAAGUCCUGUCCUGCCUCUGGACGUCUGGCUCAGACUCCGCUUUUAUCCAGGAGGAGAGGCUUAUGGAAUGUACAGAUUGAAACAAAUCCAGAUGUGCUUAUUUGGCAGUGCUGAGAAAGACUCCUCCACACAAAGAAAACAAAAGCCUGAGAAGGGUCCUGCAUGGAGCAGCAAUGGGACAUCUGCCACUUUAAGUCCCCUUCUCCUCCCCAUCUUCUCAUUCCCCUGACAUGUCUAGUCUGGCAAAUAAUCAGACUCAUAAAUAAUCAGACUCAUCGUGGGGGAUCAGCAACAGUCAGCGGCUGCCCCUGAGCUUUCUGCUCUCUAAAGAAAGUGUACAGAACUUCAUGCUCUCUGCCACAUCACAGACAAGACUUUGUUUAACACACAGCAGGUCGGAUACAGGUUGAACCCUUGGAGAUGUACUAGUCGCCUAUGAAGCUCCUGGCAGAAGAUCUGUCUAAUCUGGGAAACAUGAAGGGAUGGGUUCAAAUGACUCUUCAUGAAGAGAGAAACUAAAACUAUUCAAUGGUCAGAUAACAAUGAGAGUUCAGCUAAAAGGAGAUGUCUUCUUCACCUUACUUCUUGUGAUUGCUCUGUGCACUUUACUUUACACUUUCUUGAAAACAACACAAAAAACAACUCCAGCUAAGUCAAAGAACUCAAAAGUCUUCCUGCAGACUGUAAAGCCAAAGACUUACUUAGAAUCAGAGGAUAGUAUAAGCAAAGGCAAACUGCUCUCGGAUGUGUACAACGCCCAGGAGACCAGUGAAGAGGUUAAACCCACCAGAUCCUCUACGGUGACAGUUCCACCUUUUGACUUCCAACAGUAUCUUAGGGACAAAGAUUACCGCAACUUCACUCUGCUGAUAAAUCAGCCAAAUAAAUGUAACAAGCCAUCGGGAGAGUCAUUCCUUCUUAUCGCUGUAAAAUCCAUUGUGGAAGAUUUUGAUCGACGUGAAAGUGUCCGCAAGACAUGGGGAAAAGAAGGGUUAAUCAAUGGAGCAAGGGUACGGAGAGUCUUCCUUUUGGGGACUCCCAGGAAUAUAACAUCUGUGUCUAUGUGGGAAUCCCUUAUGCAACAGGAAAGUCAUUACUACAAAGAUAUUUUACUAUGGGAUUUCCUUGACACUUUCUUCAAUUUAACCUUGAAAGAGAUCCAUUUUCUUAGCUGGGCAGAAAAAUAUUGCAGCAAUGUCAAAUUUAUAUUUAAAGGUGAUGCUGAUGUGUUUGUCAAUGUAGAAAAUCUUAUUCAUUUCCUGCAGUCUCAGGACCCUUCUGGUGACUUGUUUGUUGGGGACAUUAUAAACAAUGCGAAGCCAAUAAGAUCAAAGAAAAGCAAAUACUACAUACCAGAGACAAUGUAUGGGUUAGGAAUGUACCCAGCAUAUGCUGGUGGAGGAGGAUUCCUAAUGUCAGGUGUUACAAUGAAAAAAUUGUCCAAGUCUUGCAAUGAAGUAGAGCUUUUUCCUAUAGAUGAUGUGUUUCUGGGCAUGUGCUUGCAAAGAAUUAAUCUCACACCAGUGUUUCAUGCUGGGUUUAAAACAUUUGGUAUUGCAAAACCUUCAGCUGCUCCCCAUUUACAGACAUUUGAUCCCUGCUUCUAUCGGGAUUUAAUGGUGGUGCAUAGUCUAAAGGCAGCAGAGAUAUGGUUGAUGUGGAAUCUUCUCCAUAGCCAACAACCGCCAUGUUCUCAAAGACAGAGGAUAAAAAAACUUUUCCAUUGGAAAAGAAAGAAGGCAAAACUAUUGAACAAAGCAGUAACCAGCUGAAGCAGUAUUUUGGAUUAAAAUUAGGAUCCUUAUUAAUUAGAAAUAUGUUUUGGUCCUUCAUCUUGUCCUCACAUAACAGCAUAUAGACAAAAGGGUCCCAGCCUAUUGGGGUCCCGGCUACACACCGGUUAAGGGAACUUGACUAAAAAUAAAGAAUUUACUACAACAGGAUCAUGUAAUCACACAAUCACACAUAGGUAGUACAAUUCUCUGGCUAGGGCUACACUAGCUAAAAAUAUUACCAUAAUAUUUCUGUUCAUAGAAAUGCAGCAGUAGCAACUGUGUAAAAAAAAAAUACUGAUUGCACCAAAUUUUUUAUGUGAUUAGACACUUCUGUGCCUCACAAGGGGACAAUGGGACAUGUUAUCUAAAUUCUAUAGGUCCAUACGAUUACAAACUAUAUAGAAUUUAUUUUACUAAUUUAAAAAAACUUUUAUAAGAAAAAUAGUUUACUUAAAAUUGUCCUCUUUUGACCCCCAUAACACUUUUAUUUUUCCAUAUACAGGGCUGCAUGAGGGCUCAUUUGUUGCGCUGUGAUCUGCUGUUUUAUCAAUUUUGAUUGGACUUCUUGAUCGCUUUUUAUAACUUUUUUAUGGUAUAUUAAGUAACCAAAGAUCAACAAUUCUUGACUUUGGUAUUUUUUGUUAUGCUUAUGUCAUUCACUGUGCAGUUUCAUUAACAUUAUAUUUUAAUAGUUCAUACAUUUCUGCACGCAGCAACAUCAUGUUUAUUUUUGUUAACAUUAUUUUAAAUCAAAAAAUGGCAAAAGGGCGGUGAUUAAAUUUUUUUUUAUCAGGGAAGGAACCUAUUUUCAUUUAUUGACAUUUUUUUUUUUUUACAUUUUAUUUACUAUUUUAGUUACCAUAGGGGGACUAUUACCUGCAAUGUUUCGAUUGCAUACACUAAACAAUGCUGUGCCAUAGCACAGUAUCAGUGUUAUUGAUGCUCCAUAAGUAUUGGCUGCCGAGGCUUACUGCACUAAUGGAGCACCAAUCGGACAGGACUAAUCAGGACCCUAUGAUUUUGUUGUGGUUGUCCCGUUCAGCUCCAUGAGCUAACCGGCAAUAAUUUUUACUGCUUUUAGAUGCCGCAAUCCAAGUCAUUUUUGUUAAGAGAAAUUGCCUGAAAUGACAGUGAGCAUUUAACUAUAUUUGUUUCUGGAAAAGUAGGGGCAAACCGAUAUAAUUGAAAAGUGGCUGAAC